ACUCAGUUGUUAAAAUGUCGUCACUGCAUUCAGAACUAUUCGCAUCGCUGCUCUGCCUGUCGCUGCUGCUUAGCGCAACUGCCGCCAGCAGCGAGCCACUGAGCGAACAGCAGCAACAGCUGGAGCUUAAGCUGAGCGAGCUGCGCGGCCAUAAGCAGCUCUUGCAGGCCGAGAUUAAGCGCCUGUAUAUGGGCACAUAUACGCCGGAGAUGUCCAUGCUGAUAGAGGAUCUGCAGCAGCGUCAGCUGGACAUACAGCAGCAAAUCGAUAAGCUGGAGGGCAAGGCGCAGCAGCAGGACGCACAGCAGCUGGCGUUCAAUCUGGCUGCAGACUUUGAGUUGCUGCAGCACAAACUAAACGAGCUCAAGGUCCAACUGGAUGUCAUGCAGACCACCAACAGCAACAGCAGCAGCAACAGCAGCAACAGCAGCAGCAGCAGCAGCAGCAGCAAUAGGCAGGAGCUGCCUCGUGAGGCUGUCUACACCAGCACGCCCAAGUCGCCCGUGAGCGUUGGCUCCUAUUUCUUUACGCCGCUGCUGGCCAUGCCGGAGUCUCUGCCCAGCGUUGGCAUCGCCCAGUCGGAAUCGAAUGCAGCUCCCUCGCUCAUCAAACGGCUGCUGGCCUUGCUGCGACCCAAUGCAGCCAGCACAGCGUCUUUAAGCUCUGGCACCAACUGGUCGAAGUCAACGAGCAAAGAGCAAAAGCAGCAGCAACGCUUGCAGCUGCUCAACACUGAGGAACUGCUCUCACAGCUACAGCUGCAGCGACAAUUCCUGGACGACGCCAUCAACCGCAUGGAGCUGCUCUCCGGCAAGCAUAGCAACCAGUUCUAAUUGGAGUCCAAUUGCAUUCCAUUUCCCUAUAAGCUAUAAGAUCUUUUUUUUUCUGCA